GAUAAUGACCCUCGAGAAAAUAACUUGUGUCUCUUGGCUUAGCCGGAGUCGCUUGUGUAGCUGAGACCUAUGUGCGUGUGUGGAUUCCUCUUUCUCUUUGUCGCAGAUGUUCAUAGAUUAAUUUUAUAGUGUGUGUGGGGGGUGCUAAUCUCCGUUCUUCUUUCCGAAGUACUUGGAAAAAUGUUAGAGUGUUUGUACCUCUUCUUUUGAAUUUACUUUGGUUGAAUUUAGAUGUUGUAUUCGUUUACUUCCUUCAUACAAGUGUACUUGGAUACUUCGAGGAAUUUCCGUUUGUGUAUUCGGCUUCCUCCUUUAUACGGAUGUACUUUGACUUUGAUGAAUAUCAGAGUUUCAAUCAAACAUUACAGAUCACUCCUGCAGUGACGUUCACAGACAAGCAGCCCUAAGUGAGGAGAUUCCUCCGCCUCUAUCAAAUGACCCCUUUGGCCAGUCGCACCAUCCCAGUACGCUGCAUUAGUCCUGGCGACAAGAGGAGAUAAGCGUGGCGCUAUCACACCUGGACGGACCUCACUUACCGCCCUUUUCCCAGCCGGCUGCCCCCCGCCCAGUCCAACGCUUCAAUGAGCUGUGGUUGAUUGCUCGGUCCCUGUCUGGUGGAAUGGGUUACUCGCACAUGGCUGGCCCAUCUUCUCACGACCAGUUUACCUGCUACAGAAACGUACUCCAAGAAAUCCCGGGCAACCACUAAGGAGAUCUACGGUCCGUUAUCAGGGGAAGAUUUCCACAGCGUUUGAGCCAAUCCUGUUGUUUUUUCUUCACGCGUCUUGUUCCGGGGUACUCCACAGAGGGAAAGCAUUCGUCUUGAAUGAUAAUACAAGCGAAUGAUAAUUUCUACCUGUUUCAACUCACAAAUCACCCCAAGCUUCUGGCUGAUUGAUGCCAUUUGUAAUAUCUACGUAGAUACCUCUGCUGAACAUCGACUAGCUCGAGGGAAGGAGAUAAGUGUUUGAAAGCAGUUCCAUUCUAAAUCGUCAUCAAAGGGGAGAUUACUUAGUGUGUUCAAAGAAGCAUAGUCCGUAUUUGAUACUCAUCGGAUAAUACUUCUUGAUUCUUACGUGUUCGAAAAGUGUGAUUUGGAGUACAUGUUUGUGGGGAUACGUGGCACAGAUUCUUGAGAAAUACCUCGGACCAGCUGCCAGCCUCUGUGUGCAGGUUUAUUCUCUAGCACGGCGCACUUACUAUGCGGAGAGGCCGGGCUGCCUACGCCCCAUCCUCGGCCACGACUAGCUUCCCCAACAAGGACACCUCCCGCUCGUCCAGAAAACGCCCGUACAUGCAAAACGCGAGCUCUAACGCCUCUCAGCUCUUUGUCUACGAUGAUUACCUCGACCUGUCCAAUGGGAGCUACCAGGGGCAUGUGGGUCACGCCGCCCCUAACUUCACUGACCCACAGUUCGUAGUGACCACCAUCAACACAUCGGUCAACGCUUCUGACCCCCAGGCUCUCCAGCUCAAACACCCGGCCCUGGGCGUGCUCCUGGCGUCCUUCAGCUUUAUCGUGGUCACGGGGAACAUGAUGGUCAUCGUGGCUGUGGCCAGGGAGAUGUACCUCCGCACGGUGACCAACUACCUCAUCGUGUCGCUGGCAGUCGCCGACGUGAUGGUGGGUGGAGUCGUGAUGCCCUUCAGCAUCAGUCAGGAGAUGACGUAUGAACGAUGGCUGUACGGCCAGGCUUGGUGCGACCUCUGGCACUCGUUAGACGUGCUGGCUUCCACGGCGUCCAUCUUAAAUCUCUGCGUCAUAUCUCUAGACAGGUACUGGGCCAUAACGGAUCCCAUCGCCUACCCAACCAACAUGUCCAACCACAAAGUCUGUCUACUGAUUGCGCUGGUGUGGGCGUGUUCCGCCGGUAUUUCUUUUCCUGCCAUCGCGUGGUGGCGCCAGGUGCAGGCCGUGAUGGACACGGGUAAGUGUCAGUUCACGACCGACAGCGCCUAUCUCAUCAUCUCAUCCGUCGUGUCCUUCUACAUACCCACCUUCAUCAUGAUGUUCGUCUACGCCAAGAUAUACCGCGCGGCACUCGCGCAGACAGAGGGCAUUAAGUGCGGGAGCAAGGUCACGGCCGAUUGCCCCCGCGGAGACGACGGGGAGUUAAUGACCUUGAGGAUACACCGAGGAGGGUACCGGUUACGUAACGAGUCUACCAACAAUCACAGCGGAGGGGGCGGGUCGGGGCCGGGGGGAUUCGAGCAGCAGCAGCAGCACCAUCGUAACAGCGAGGACAGCGAGAGCGAGAGCCCGCUCACCGGCUCCAGCAGACACCAUCUGUAUCACCACGGCAACAACCAUCACCAUGGCAACAGCCAACACAACCACAUCCAACAGCCACGCUCCACCACGUUCAUCAGCAAGAAGAUCAGACACUUUGCGAUUAGUAAAAAGAUCACCAAACUCGCCCGCGAACAGAAAGCCGCCAAAACUUUGGGCAUUGUCGUUGGGGUGUUCAUAAUGUGCUGGGUCCCGUUCUUCUGCCUUAACGUUCUGUUGGGCAUCUGCCAGGAAAAGUGCGUGUACCGGGCCGAGGUUCUGUUCCCUGUGUUCACCUGGCUAGGGUACAUCAACUCUGGGAUGAACCCCAUCAUAUACGCACUGUCCAUGAGAGACUUCCGGCGCGCCUUCAGCAAAAUGAUCUUCUGCUGUCCGCGCUACCGUUAUAGCCACAACAUCAAGCACACGUACCAGCAGACGAGCAGUCUGUCCACCUCAAGUUUCUCCGUCACCUGCAGUGAUCGAGCGUGCGUACCAAUGCGGAUAUGACGCCACAGGGGCUUCCUAGAGGAAGACUGUCUAAAGUACACGUGAUUGGAAGAGUGUAAAUGUGUCGAUGCAGAGGCGUGUUCAAAGUGUGUGUUUGCACGAUGUGAGAAUACAACAGGGGAUACUAAUACUGUGUCCAAGAACUCACAUUUGUCUUGGUUGUAUUUAAAUCUACACGACUCCAUACUAAAACAUCUUCAAGGUGUAUUCGCUUGUGUUUGGAAAUCUUACUAUGAACUAUGUGCGUGCAUUUCUUGUUUACCAGAAGUUGAGGGAUACUAUUAUUAAGUCGCAUGAAUGAACAGCGAAAUGUUUUUAAAUUAUGACCAUUUGUAUCAGACGGGUUGAAGUCUUUUAUGCAACUGCAUGAUUUGCUGGACGCUCAGGGGGAACCGACAAGACACAGCAUUUACCGGAACACGAUAAGGAAGCCCAGCAUCUGUUGUCUUUACUUUAUCUUUAAUGGUCAAAGAGUGUUGGGCAAAGAUGUUUUGUAUUUAUGCCAAGGUGAGAAAAGCAGGGUUGUCUAUGAGGACACGGGCGAAAGAAUGGGCGUAGUCUCCUUUUAUAUUUCCCUAGUUAUAAGCCUAUCUUUUCCGUUUUACUCUAUAAUGGAAUAUUCUGUCUCUUCCCAUCUUAUUACGAAAGAUAAAACGAUCACGGCACCGAGAAAACUGAAAAGAAAAAAUUGGGCAGGCUUUGAAAAUCAGGGCGGUUUCUAAUGGAAAAUGGGCUGCUUGCUUUUCUUAAAAUCAGUUGAGAAGUGCCAAUUCUUUCGUUGGAGUCCUCAUAAUCCCAUGCACGUAAAGUUUUGGUUCUUUGCAGUGUUCAGAUGCAACACAGAUUGAGAUUAUGGUGUUGAUUGUAUAUCAUCGAACACUAAAAAGCUGCAUUUUAUGUGCUCUUGGAAUUGGUAUGGAGCAUUGCUCCUUUAGAAUGACAGGGUUCUAAUUCCAUGACGCAUACUUUUGAGAAAAUGGAACUCCAAGAUUCACAAUCUUAUACCUAAAUGUUUUCACGCCUUAUUUGUAAAGCCCCUAACAAAAAACAAAGAAUACAGGUUAGAUUGUAUCUAGUCUUUGACACAGCGUGUGAAGCUGUGCAGUAAUAUAUAGUGUGCAAUUCAGUUCUCCCCCCCCCCUUCCCCACCUAACUCUCCGAAAAAUAAUGAAGUUAAAAUCUUGUCAUGAUAAUACAACAAGCGGUGACUGCAGCUGGAAACGUGUGAUAUUUUGAGUGAAGGGUGUACCCAUAAUGAUAAUUAGAAUAGGUCGAGAUUUUUCUUGUACAGGUCGAGAAAUCAGAGCAUGAUCAGAGGUUACGAUGAUUUUUUUCAGGAUGAUUAGAUAAGACGCCAUAUUGGAUUAUGUACAUAUACAAGACAACAAUGCACCCAUUUUGGGUUGACAGCGCCAUAAAAAUCAUGAUCACCUUUCACAACCACUUCAUUCAAAGAACUCUUAAUAACAGCGCCUUCGAAUUCAUUGAAACGUUACGGUGGACUUUACAUAAUACGCUCUCACCAUCAUCGAUUAUGGUUCAGCCGGUUGAUCGUCCUACUAGGCACAAGACAAGUCAAUUCGAAGGAAAAUCGUUUGGCUGUUGUUUCAAAGUACGUGUCUGAGAGGAAUAAAUUAUAUUUGAAGAAGGAGGCGAUGAAGAAACCGUUCACCCCGUUCUUAUCCACGUUUCUGCCCUUCUUGUCUUGAUCGAGUUCCGAAUCAUUGAGCCACUGAAGUACUCUCUCACGAAAACAUGCAUUAUUCUGCCUCUAUGUUUUAUCAGCCUUCAUUACAAGUACACCGUGUCUUCACCAUUGACAUGUAUUAUCUGUACCCUAAAUCGUGUAUUCUGACGUAGUUCCGGUUCACCAUGAGUGCACAUUGGCUCAAGUUGGAGCCAAAUGAACGGCAGGUGGAGGAGGGAAGGGGAGGGGGGGAUGAGAGGUGCUGCAUGCACUCGGCUAUGACCAGAUUGUUUUUUUCUCUUCAUUUGGACGCCCAUGGUGCGCACGCUGCACAGCAAUUUUUUCUCUGAGAACAAAGAGCGGCAACCCUGGCAGUUCAGGAUCUAGGAUAUUAUCAUGAUUCGAGUCAGUGGUCUGUAAAAUCUGCAAAAUCUGCAAACUGUUAUAAUUCCUAGGGCAUAAUGCUUUUAGGAGCUUUUGGAGCGGGGCGUUCGGUGGUUUUAGAAUCUAGUAGCGUAUAUUGUGAUGUAGUGCUAAAAUUAAGAUUUAGGAAUUAAUGAAAGGAUCCGAAACAUAAAGGUCACUUUGAGGUCAUUCUGAGAAAGAAAAAAAAAAGAAAAAA